UCGGAGGCCAUGGAGCUCGAGCAUCGACCCACUUUAGCUGCGCUCAUGGGCAACUCCAACAAGCGUUCAGCAGCCGCACCACCUGCAACUCGCUUCAGUGAAACAAGCAGCGGCAGCGACGAUGACGGCGGCUCUGCUUCAUCUUCCACGGACCUCUAUGCGGGUUCUGAAUCUUUUCGGAACCUGGAUUUGGGUGUCCUGAAAGGCAGCUCCUUCGCGACCCCACUGGCCUGGGUUCGCUCUCAGAUCAUCGGCAAUGACGCGGAGUUCGACUCUCCAUUCGGCAACCGCAGGGUUACCUACGCCGACCAUACUGCCUCCGGCAGGUCCCUCCACUACAUCGAGGAUUUCAUAAUCAAGAAUGUUCUUCCUUACUACGGUAACACUCACACAUCGGACAGCUACGUAGGCGGGAGGACGACGAAAAUGGUGGAAGAAGCCGCCGCGUACAUCAAGAGAUGCUUGGGCGGAGGAGCGGAGGAUGUGAUCCUGUUCUGCGGUUCUGGAACCACGGCGGCUAUCAAGCGGUUGCAGGAAGUGAUGGGAAUCGCUGUUCCGUCGACAUUGCGGGAAAGGUGUUUGGAAAAUGGUCUGAAUGGGAAUGAGAACAGAUGGGUCGUUUUCGUUGGACCUUAUGAGCAUCACUCCAAUCUACUCUCCUGGCGGCAGAGCUUAGCUGAGGUGGUCGAAAUCGGCCUGGAUGAGAAUGGGUUAAUCGACAUCAAGGCGCUCCAGAGAGAAUUGCAAUCGGGUAAAUUUGCAAACAGGCCGAUUCUGGGUUCCUUUUCAGCUUGUAGUAACGUGACCGGGAUUCAUUCUGAUACUCGAGAGAUUGCCAAGCUUCUUCACCUGCAUGGAGGUUUUGCCUGCUUUGAUUAUGCAGCAAGUGGCCCUUACGUGGAGAUCGACAUGAGAUCCGGUACGAUUGAUGGCUAUGAUGCUGUAUUCCUGAGCCCACAUAAGUUUCUGGGUGGCCCUGGAACUCCUGGGAUACUCUUGAUGAACAAGAUUCUGUAUCAGCUGGGUUCAGCUCCUCCUUCAACCUGUGGUGGUGGAACUGUUGAUUAUGUUAAUGGAUUCGAAGAGAAGGACACUGUGUAUUCAAAGGAAAUUGAGUCUCGAGAGAACGGUGGAACUCCUCCAAUCAUUCAGAUAAUUCGAGCUUCAUUGACAUUCUGGAUUAAGGAAUACAUCAGUUAUUCAGUCAUUCAAAACCACGAAGACUAUUUCAUUGAAAAAGCACUAAAGAGGCUGAUCCCAAACAAGAACAUUCUGGUGUUGGGGAACACAACAGCCAGGAGACAAGCCAUUUUGUCCUUCCUCAUAUUCUCCACAACCGUGCAGGAAGGAAGCCUUAAUAUGUGGGCAGAGGUGGGAAACAAGCUAGGUCAGCCUCUGCAUGGACCUUUCGUGGCUGUUCUUCUCAACGACCUAUUCGGGAUUCAGGCUCGUGGUGGUUGUGCCUGUGCUGGACCUUAUGGCCACCAGCUGCUCAAUGUGGAUGAAGCUACAUCCUUAGCAAUCAGAUCAGCUAUACAAAAGGGCUACUCUGGGAUCAAGCCUGGAUGGGCAAGAAUCAGCUUCCCUUACUACAUGUCCAAUCAAGAAUUUGAGUUCAUUCUAGCGGCUUUGGAGUUCAUAGCCAUAUAUGGUCAGAGGUUUCUUAGCUUGUAUCGAUUCAAUUUCAAGAAGGGUACAUGGACCUUCAAUAAAAGGGCAUUGAAGGAGCUGGUGAGGAAGGCAAGCAAUGGAAAUGGUGAUGCAUUGUCGACUUUACUUACAAAUGUGCCUGGACUGAGGAUUGAUGAAGAUGAAGCCGAAGGAUUGGAAAGUGGAGAUCACGAACACCCCGUCAUGGUCAACAAGUUCGCUUCAUAUCUGAUCAUUGCUAGAAACAUAGCCAAUCUACUCCCCAAGUUCCCUACCAAACAAGAAAUUCCUCAUGAUUUAGAUCCUAGCAUCGUGCAUUUCCGGGUGUAGAACCACUUAUUGAUUAUAGCUUAUGGUUCAAUCGUUUAUUUCUUUUGUAAAACCACUUAUUGACUCCGAAAUGAAGUU